AUGUCCGGACUUGCUUUGAAUGUAUCUUGACAUCGACGUUGUACUUCCGGUGUCAUGUCAACUUUCUAGUUGUACCGCAUGGCUUUUCUACAACUAGUUUUUGCGAGAUAAACAUGGCUGAAACUGUGCAGGAGAAAAGCCGUGGAAUGAAAUUCGCUGAACAACAGCUACUGCGUCAUGGCUGGGAACAAGGUAAAGGUUUAGGGCGAGAGGAGAAUGGUAUUUCAGAGGCAAUCAAAGUCAAAGUGAAAUGUGAUAAGAGUGGGGUGGGACAUUGCCACAGCGAGCAGUUCACCUUCCACUGGUGGGACCAUGUAUUCAACAAAGCCUCGUCCAGUCUGGAGGUGGAGUCUGACCAGAAUGGCGUGAAGAUGAAAAAGCUUGUGGAGGAAGAUGAGGAAGGUUUGAUCUCCAACAAAAAGCCAAGAAAAGCAUCGCUGGCCAAAGCCAAAUUAUAUGGACGCUUUGUCAAGUCAGCCACUCUGCUAUCAGGACAGGAACACUCAGAGAAAAAGUCCUCCAGUUCAGAUGACAGCAGCAGCUCUGACGAUGAAGACCAGAGACUAGACCUCUCCAGCACCACCAAGUUAUCGGACGCUGAUCUCUUGAAGGCUUGUGGUGGGCUCACCGCUCACAAGGGAGCCAGACAUGGCCUAACCAUGAGUGCCAAGCUAGCAAGACUGGAACAGCAGGAGCAAGAGUUCAUGUUAAAAUACGGCAAGAAGAACCAACCGACACCCACCGCUACAGAACCUGUAACCCCAGAUGUGGUGGAGGAACCAGCUAAGGAGCCCCAUCGUAAGAAGGCUAAAAGAAAAGAGGGGAAGGACAAAGAAGAUAUAACGACUGAUGAUAUUGUCACUAAAAGUACUAAUCUGGAAAUGAAGUCGAAUAAGAACAAAAAGAAAAGUUUGAACAGUGAUGGUGAAGGGUUGAUGGACAUUAGCACAUCAAGACAAAAAAAGCCUACUCAAGUAGAAAAUGAAAUUGAAGCUCAGACAACUAAGAAGAAACGUUCAAAGAAAAGAAAGGUUAUGGAGUGGAAUAGUGGCACUUUGAACGAAUUAGGAAAUGACACCUCUGUCACCCCUCAAGUGACCAAUACUGCAGAAGAGGCUUCUAUUCAGAAAAUAGAAGACAGUCUCUCCCAGCACCAGACGGAUGCAGAGACUAACACCAAACAGAAGAAGAAGAAGAAGAAGAAAAAGUCCUCCAAGGGCACAGGGGAGAUCGCAGUGGUUGAGGAGAGUAAUGACCGGGAAGCUUCCCAAACCAGAACUGUUGAGGAGGUUUUACCAAAAAAGAAAAGGAAGAGGGACCCUGUUAUAGAAGUGGAUCGUUCUAAUAACCCUGAACCAACGGAGGAUGAGAUUAAGAGGAAAAAGAAAAAAUGCAAGGAAGAGAAAAUCAUUUAGGACACAGAGUUUGCGCAAACACCUCUUAAAGGAAAGAAGAAAAAGAGAAACAAAAAGAAAAUGGAACUAAAUUGAUGAAGUUAUCGAUGAACAUGCUUGCCCUGGAAAUGACCUGAAACCACAUAGAAAGACUUGGUUCCCUCUUGUGUGCAGACUCAUUGGGUCACAGCAAAGAAAGAACUAGCAGAAUAAAUACCAUUACGUAUCCUGUAAAUGUAAUUAAUUUUUUACAGAUAAAUUUACCAUCAUAUUUAUUGUAAUGUAUUUGUUAGCAGACAAAGAUGGGCAAAGGUUUGUAAACAUUUUUAACAUUUUAAACAUGAGCUUGUAAGAGACAAGUGAACUAGUCACAUCUUUGUGUUUGGUGUAUG